ACCUAUCCCAGCUUUUCAGUUUUCCCCGUGAAAUAAAUUCCGCAAACCCUAAUUUCCCACUUCUCCCUUUCCCCAUGAUCUGCCGCUCCUGAAUCCAACAGAUCAAACCUACCAUCUCCAAGAAUGACAACCAGGCUCAGGAAGAACCGAAAGAAGCGUGGCCAUGUGAGCGCAGGCCACGGUCGUAUUGGAAAGCACCGAAAGCAUCCUGGAGGUCGAGGUAAUGCCGGAGGAAUGCACCACCACCGUAUCAUGUUCGACAAGUACCAUCCUGGUUAUUUCGGUAAAGUAGGUAUGCGCUGUAACAAGUUCUACUGCCCGAUCACCAACGUCGAUAAGCUCUGGUCGAUGGUACCCCAAGACAUCAAGGAAUAGGCAUCCAAGGAUAAUGUGCCCAUGCUUGAUGUUACUCAAUUCGGGUACUUUAAGGUGUUGGGGAAGGGAGUCUUGCCGGAAAACAAGCCGAUCGUAGUGAAGGCCAAGCUCAUUUCCAAGAUUGCCGAGAAGAAGAUUAAGGAGAAUGGCGGAGCUGUGGUGCUUGCUGCUUAGGUUCGGCGCCUGAUUUUUGUGUAAGGUUUCAUAUUUCCGCUUUUUUGAGUAUAUCAAGACAUUUUUCUUGUGGUAGCUGGCUGUUUAGGGAUCACUGUUACGGGAUGGAUCUUUUAUCAUGUUUUUUUUUUUAUGGCAAAGAUUAUAUGUUUUUGCUAAUCAUGUUUUUGUGGAGUCUGAUAUGAGUUGAUUGUUCCUUGGUUUA